CAGGAAAUUCCCAGUCUUACACAUAACGCUUUCUGUAAAUUAGUUUUUUUUCUCUUUCAAUAUCUACAGGUCAUCAUAGAAAUGUAAAAAAAAAUUAAAGGAAAAAAAUGACUGCCAUAAAAGUAUUCAUUUCUCACAGUAAUGAACUUGAGGAUCAACAACUGGUUUUUGAUGAAAUCCUUCCAAAAUUGAAAGAUUUUAAAGACAUAAGCAUCCUUACUCAGGAUGAAUUACAACCAGGACAAAUUUUUUUGUCUAGUUUAACAGAAUUGGUGGAUAAAGUUGAUAAGACACUCCUAUUCAUCACGAAGAAUGCCAUGCAAAGUAGCUGGUGCAAUCUAGAAUUACUAAUAGGUCUAGAGAGAUCCCAAAGGAAACAGCAACUUUCAGUUGUUCUUUUACUACAUGGUAUUGAAGAGAAAGAUAUUCCACAAAUUGCAGUAUUACAAGAAGCUAGAAAAAUUGUUUUUACAAAAGAAAAUGAUGCCUGGGUUACCAAGACCAUUGAAAGGAUAAGAGAAAAAGAGACUAUAAAACAUUUGAUGCCUGCAGGAAAUGUAGCUCAUGGUCUGGUAUGGUCACAUUAUGCAGGGUUACUUCAAUACAUUCUACCAGAUUUGCAAAAUAAACUGAAAGAAUCUGAAUGGUAUAGAAAUCAAUCCACCAACCUUCAGAACCAUGUGUCAACAAAGUUUUAUGAAUUAGUACCAACAUCAUGUACUUGCCAUUUUGAUCUGUCAAAAGUAGAUGAAAAUAUCAAACUGGUCACAGUUUUGGAACUUUCCAAUUCAAUAAGAGGGGGAAACAUUAGAAAAUUUGCAGUGAAACUUUACAGUGUUACUGAUGGUGAUCAGACAUAUUUCUGCAUUUGUGAAUACCCAUGUGCCAUAGGGGCAAUGAAGGCAAUGGAAGAUCACCAUUUAGCAAAGUUUAAUAUAGAUGACAAGAAGUUACAACUAGCAAGAUUUUACUAUACCAUGAACUCUGUGAUAAACCAUUUUGACAUAUGUAGAAAUAAAGCAAGAGUUGUUCUUUUCAAUGAUGAAACUGAGAAAGUGUCUGAAGUUUUAGUGAAAGCAAUAAAAGAAGAUUUACAAUUAACUGAAACAGUUAGGACAAAGGAGAGCCCAAUCAGGCCUAAGUUGGAAGACUUAGAACCUACACCAGAACUUGAAUACCAAUAUCAGGUCUAUAUAGCUCAUUCUGAAGACAGAGAAGACAAACAGUGUGCUAAAGAAAUUAUUGAAUACCUGGAACAGAAGGGGAUACACAGUAUUCUUAAAAAUCCUGACAGCCCAAAUGACCCAGAGGUGAAGUCUAAUACACUAAUUAAAGCUGUGAAAAAUUGUAGGUGGUUUAUUUUUCUGAUGACACAGAAUUCAGUUAAGGACAAGAUGCUUCAGCUGAGGGUACUGGCUGCACUCCAUGAUGGUAUCCUCAAAAGAAGGGUUAGGGUAAUCCCUGUGGUAGAUAGACGUAAUGACAUCUACAUACCUGAUGCUCUACAGUGGGUUACUUAUGUACCUUGUAAUGGACAAACAAAAUCUCAUCUUAAAAGUCUUCACAAUAUCGUCAGUGGAGAAGACUUUCCUUUGAAAACAGAGAUGUUACUUCCUGCUGGAGAUGUAGCCAAUGGUCUUGCCUGGGGUUAUGUUGUUAAUUAUCUUAGAGUCAUCUUACCAGAUGCUUUGAAAAACAUUGAACAGUCAUUUGAGAAAAAGAAUAUCAGCAAUUAUAAAUGUCCUGAAACUCUGUUUAUAAUUAUACCAAAGAGUUGUGAUGCCAGAGGAGUGAUGAAAGACAAAAAUGACAGAAUAACUAACUUUACAACUACUCCUGAUAUUCAUCCUUUUGGUGGAAGCAGACCCUUUUCUUGUCAAAUAUAUAAAAUUACUGAUCGGCCGGACAAAUAUUUUAUUGGACAAUACGCUGCACCUAUUACAUGUUUACAAGAGAUGAAAGAAUGGAGGAUUGCUGGUGUUACUGCCGACACAAUUUUAUCGGAAGCAUACAGUUUUUAUGAGAUUGUUAAGAAUCUUAUGGAGUCAGCUGAUCCUCAAAAAUCCAAAUGUUGUGAAUUUAUUUAUUUUGAUGAUGAGAAAGAGUCUUUGGCUGAUAUAAUAGAGAAAAAGAUUGGUUGAAGACAAAUGUGUUAACUCAGCAUGCAGGAUAUAGAUGAGCAGACAAAUUCAUGACAAUCAUACAACAUUGCUUUCUUAUCUGUGUUAUAGCUGUCUCUUGCUUAUUUUAUGAUUUUCUUUGAAACAAGUUUGAAAGAAUGUUUACAUUGGUAUUUCCAUAGUGCUCCCUCCUUCUUGAUUUAAUUUGAUAAAAAAAAUUACACUAUUUUCUAUAAAAAGUUGAUGAUAAUUAUGAAUUCUAAUUUUAUUUUUAUAAUAAUGUCUUUACCUUGACAAAAGCUUUAUUAAAAAGACUAUGUGUAUAUUUCAUUGAAUAAGCAAGUUUAUACAACAGACUACAACACUAUCUUGCUUCUAAGUAGUUAUUUUGUCAUGUACAAUACAUUGUAUCUACCUCUGGACACUAGAAAUAUAUUCCAUGAAAAUUGUUAGUCCGCAAAAAAGUCAUGGUCUUCCUUUUUUAUUUAUUUUCUAUAAAUGCUUGAUUAAAGUGCCUACAUAUGUUCUUUAGGUCACCAUAUAUCAAUUACUUGCAUCACUGUAAUGAAAAAGUAUUGUUUUAUAUUUUUGUAUAUUGUUUUAAAGAUAUUUAUUUAAUGUUGAUGUAAUUUAUUUUUUAUUUUUUCCAAUAUGUGUGCCCAUUAGUUUAUUCAAUAUCAGAUUAACAUUUUGGUUUAAGUUAGUUUAUUAAGAAGUUAAUGUCACAUCAACAUCAAACACUCUACACAUGCAUGUUGGUUAUGAUGUCAAAUUUAAAAAAAAAUGCCAAAUAAUUUUUUUUUAACCAGAUUUCACAGUUCACUGAACAUGGAAAUUUCAUAUAGUAUGAGGAGGAUAUGAUAUAUCCUAUUGACAAUUUGAAAAUUAUCUAAAUUGAUAAAAAGAAGUUUACUUAUUUUUUACUGCUUAUUAUCUUUUUGUAACAUUUGUCUAUUAGACUAUUGAACAAGGUAAAAUAUGAAAAAAAUUGCAAAAGUAUCUUCUAUAGUAUGUUAAUACUGAUUAUACUUUUAGCACAAUGUCUAAAAUAUGUCAAAUGGUGCCUAUGUUUAGAGUUUAUAUGCCAUAAUUUAUAAAGUUUUUAAAAAAUCUUUGAAUUGUUUAUUUCAAUCAAAUUUAAACUGGGUGAUGUGUUGGGCUUUCUAAUCUGAUAUUCUUAUCAAUCAACAAACAUGGUGAUCCCAAGUUUUAAAUUUAUAUUUAUCGUUAUAUAUUAUUUGUUUUUGUUUUUUGGAUGAGUUGAAAGUUGAUGGUUGGUACAAUCAUACUUUGGGGUCCAAUUUAAGGACAUCACAUAUACCAUAAUAUGUUAUAAAUGUUGGAGACAAUUGUUUUAAUUUUUCCUAGCCUCCUCAGAUAUUUUGUGGCUGAAUGUUUGUAUAUCUGUCCUUUGGUGAUUCAAUUUCAUAAUGAAGGUGAUCCUGUUUGGUUUUGCUGCCAUUAUUAUAUAUACAACAUUAAGAAAGAUUUAAAAAAUAUUGUCAUUUUAAAAUGAAACCAUGGAUAUUCAGCCAAUAAUGUACCCAAAGGUCUUUCAUAGAUUUUGUGCUGAUAUUAAUAUUUUUAAUGGAACUUUUUUUUUAUAUCCAUGCUCUUUAGAAAGACUUACUAGUUACCUUUGUGAGCUAAUCAGUUUAUUCAUCUCUGAACCAAAUAGUGUAUGAACGUUUCAGUUGACUGAUGAAAUGAAAACAAAUAAUAUUUAACAACCAAUCCUGAUUGAUGUUGUAUUUUUUAUUUCAAAUUCCAGUGGAAUCAUUGAUUCUUUACAUCGAUCAGUUCUAUUCCCCUAAUACUUAAGGGAUGUGGGGAAAGGAUUUGUCUAGGAUCUCAGGUCCAAUAUUACCAUAUUAUAGAGAUAGCUGGCCUAUAAAAUUGAGAAUGGAAACUGGUAUUGUUUCAAAGAGACAACAAUCCGACCAAAGAGCAAAAAAACAGCCCAAGUCCACCAAAGGGUUUUCAACACAGCUAGAAAAUCCAGCACCCGUAGGCAGGCUUCAGCUAUGCUUUUGUUAAAUAGUUAAGUUGCAAAGCAGACAAAGCCCCCAGGAAAAAAUAUAAGAUGCACUAGAAAGGCCAUGACAAUUUAGAAUAUAUGUGGUUAAAAGUUGAAAAUCUGGGCAAAUGUAGAUAUACUUGCAUAUCCCCUGGUAACACACAGUAGUUCAGUGUAAUGUUCAUAUAAUGUCAAUUCAUAAUCUUUUUGGCUUAGCGGUGUUAGUCUUAAAAUUAUUUAUAUGAUCAUCAGUUUAUGAUUUAGGGAGAGGGCCAUGCCUGGAUGGACCUUUUGUGCACUAUGACUUCAAAACCUUUUUGUGCACUAAUCAGGUAUGCUAGGGCAAACAAGAAUUGUAAUAUGUUUAAAAGUACAAGAAAUUGUUCUUCAAAAUCACUCAUCUGACCUUAAUGUGAAGGUCAAAUGUCAUCUUCAAGAAUACAUGACACUUCGUCUUGAGGUGCAACAAUGUGCCCAAUAUAAAAAGCAUAUGUCAAAGCAUAAAAUCUCCCUUCUGGACAACAAAAUGUCAUAAAAAUUAAUUUAAAUAUCCAGGUCAAAGACCAAGGUCACAUGAAGGUCAUGAUUCUACACAAAACCUAGUCUUAUGGUUAUACACCAGCAUGUUCAAUGUCACAGGGCACUCAAGUGUCAAAUGGUAAAAGAUUUUUUUUUGCUUUGUUAUAAGCUGUUGGGUGUGAUAUAUAUGUUUAUGUCAAUACUUAGAUUAAAGUUGUAAUUAUUA